AUGCCUCACUCGUACGGUCUGCGCGCCGGCACUCGGUAUGCCUUCGCCCGUGGCUUCAAGGAGGCCGGUAUGAUCCGUCUCUCUACCUACCUGAAGACCUACCGUGUUGGUGAUAUUGUCGACCUCAAGGUCAACGGUGCCGUCCAGAAGGGUAUGCCCCACAAGGUCUACCACGGUAAGACCGGUGUCGUCUACAACGUCACCAAGUCCGCCGUCGGUGUCAUCCUCUACAAGAAGGUCGACAACCGCUACCUCGAGAAGCGUAUCAGCGUCCGCAUUGAGCACGUCCAGCACUCCCGCUCCCGCGAGGACUUCAUCAAGCGUGUCAAGGAGAACGCCAUCAAGAAGCGCGAGGCCAAGGAGAAGGGUGUCCACGUCCACUUGAAGCGUCAGGCCGUUGGCCCCCGUGAGGCCCACUUCGUCAAGCAGGCUGACAACAAGCCCGAGACCGUCGUCCCCAUUGCCUACGAUACCCACAUUUAA